AUGUCGAACAUUAAAAAAGAGGAUCUUCCCGUAUCAUCAGAUGUCGCUAGACAAAAACUUGAGAAGGCAGAAGCGGAACUCAAAGACUUACUGGUUCGCAAGAAACAAGUCGACAAGAGCCUGAAAACAAUUGAGAAGCAUAUCUGGAAUUUUGAAGGAUCUUACUUGGAAGAAACUCAUUCAGGAGGAAAUUUAAUUCGUGGGUUUGACGGUUAUUUAAGGGCCGCAAAUGAUAAAAAGAAGCGAUCGGAAAUUACACGUGAAGAACGAUUGUUUUCUCUAUCAAGUGCGACUUCUGAGAAGGCCGUUGGGUUGGUUGAUGACACAUCAUCAAGUUCAGAUGAUCUUAAGUCUGGCUACAAUAAACAAAUGGGACCUAAUCUAAAAAAGAAGAGAAAACAACAAAGGCCUACUAAUUAUAUAUAUCCUCAAGAAGUUAAAGAAGCAAAAGAUAGGGAGGUAAGAAGGAUUAGAUUGUCUGUCCGAGAUCGAGAUGAAAAAGAUACGGAAGAGGAAGUAGAUAUUUGA